AUGCGGUCUGGCUUUGAUAAACCUGGCGCGCUCCCACUCCUUAUCCUGAUUGUGUUCUCGCUACUCACAUUGGUGCCAUCGCUACCGAAUCUCUACCACUCCAAGUUUGCGGACUUCAGCUUCUACACUGGUGCAGCUCGCCAGGUCCCUCUCCUUCAAGAUAGUGUCACCGAACUAGCACCGAAAGUACACCCGCUCAACGAGCCUCGCAAAUCAUGGGUUCUUACAGCAUCACAUCGAUCGCGAGGCAAUCGCCCACCGAUUACUGCACGCGUUGGAAAUGACGCUGUGGUCCCAGCCAGCGAAACAACCACAGUCGCAAAUAAAAGUCGACUCUCAUCCUUCACCCGCGAAUCCUCAUUUUCAUUUGGCCGCAGAGCCCGCGCAUUCAGAACCUACUUCAUCCAACAAUUAGACGACUACCCAUUCCUCACCUCAUUCUCCAACCGCAGCCUUGCAGGCUCGACGCAUCCAUAUCCUACCAUUACCAUCAACGAAUCUCUCCCAACCUUCGACAACAACUCUCCUCCCAGCAUCCCGCCAUAUAAUCAUUCCUCCGACAGCACCCAGGAGCCAUUGCUGCCCUUUCCUGCCUCCCUCCGCGAUAUGUGUCAGCAGGCCUGCCACGUCGCCCUUGAUUUUGGAAAACGCGUCGGACUCCAUGGAGCAAAUUAUGCGAAAUCGAUCUUCCUCCCGGACCAGAUCUCAGGGGCUCCCACAACAUUAAUACCCCACCCCACAAUUUCCAACGACGCCUCAAAUCAAGACCCAUUCAUCCCAUCCGAGCAAGCACCGCCCCAACAGAAAGUUGGCGCUGAGGAUUCCACUGAUGCUGCCGCUGGUCGGCACUCGCGGGAGCUCCAUGGAAGCUGCAUGGCUGUGGUGAUUGGUCUUGUUGCAGGCAUCAUGUGGUUCUAG